AUGGCUUCUCUCCAGUCAGCACCCAAUAUGGCUGGCAACAUGAGUCUGCCGCCCAAUUUGACGCAGCAGCAUGUCCAAGAAGUUCUUCAGAAAUAUAAACAGAUGCAAGAGCAGGGCGUUCGCCAGGAUGACCCCGAGUACCUGAAGGCGCACAAUCUUCUUUCCGCCAUUCAACGACAGCAAGUCUACCAAAAGCAACGGCAAUAUGCGCAGCAGCAACAGCUUCAGGCACAGCAACAGCGCCAACAGCAACAGCAACAGCAGCAGCAGCAGCAGCUGAACGGUGCGACUCCGGAUCCUGCCGCCAACGGUGUCCAUGGUCGAAAUGGCUCGGUGUCUUCAGCUGCCAGCGCUGCACAGGAUGCGGCUUCCACACCUGCGGGCACACAAUCACAAACUCCAGGGCAGAAUGCAACUCAAAAGGGCGCACCUGUCACUAGCGGUAGCUUCUCUGCGGAGCAGCUAGCAACGCUCAGGAAUCAAAUCCUGGCUUUCAAGAUGCUGUCCAAGAACCUUCCGAUCCCCCCUCGUGUCCAGGGACAACUAUUUGCGUCGAAGAAAUCGCAAACUCCUACUCCUGCGGACAAUGUUGCGGCCGCAGAGAGCACCAUUGAAGGUGCAACACAAAACAAAGGCGAGCAGCCUAGUGAUGCCACUGAAACUGCCUCGCAGCCUAAAGAUUUUUACGAAAACUUCCAAUCCCCCUACGACUCUCUCUCUAAAAGCAUUAGCUAUACGGAUCACGCCUCUCGGGCCAAUCGCCCGCGGAUUCCGGCUUUGGUUCCGACUGGUAUUGACUUGGACCAGGUCCGCGAAGAUAGGGAAAUGGUCGUGUACAAUCGGAUCAAUGCACGAAAAGCAGAACUAGCCGAGCUUCCUACUAAUCUCGGUGUUUGGGAUACAAGCCGAAGUGAUACACCUACGGGUGAUGAUUCAUUGAAGCUCAAGGCAUUAAUUGAAUACAAGAUGCUGAAUCUUCUCCCUAAGCAAAGACUCUUCCGCAAACAGAUUCAAAAUGAAAUGUUUCACUUUGAUAACUUGGGAAUGACUGCAAACCGUUCGAGUCAUCGCCGCAUGAAGAAGCAGUCUUUGCGAGAAGCUAGAAUUACCGAGAAGCUAGAGAAGCAACAACGUGAUGCUCGUGAGACCAGGGAAAAGAAGAAGCAAUAUGAUCAAUUGCAGGCUAUUCUUAACCAUGGUGUUGAGCUCCAGAACGCUGCUACUCAGCAACGGACUCGCAUGCAGAAGCUGGGUCGUAUGAUGCUCCAGCAUCACCAGCACAUGGAGCGCGAAGAGCAGAAGCGUGUGGAGAGGACUGCUAAGCAACGUCUCCAGGCCUUGAAAGCUAACGAUGAGGAGACCUACCUCAAGCUCUUGGGACAGGCCAAGGACUCCCGUAUUUCUCAUCUGCUCAGACAGACUGAUAACUUCCUUAAGCAGCUUGCUGAUUCGGUCAGAGAGCAACAGCGUGGUCUGGCCGAACGAUAUGGUGAAGAUGAUCAGUUCUAUGAGGAAGAGGAAGAGGAAGAAGAUAUCGAGGAUGUGGGAAGUGAUGACGAUGGGGAAAACCGUGGCAGAAAGAAGAUCGAUUACUAUGCUGUGGCUCAUCGUAUCAAGGAAGACAUCACCGAACAGCCUAGCAUUCUUGUCGGUGGAACUCUGAAGGAAUACCAGAUCAAGGGUCUGCAGUGGAUGAUUUCACUUUACAACAACAACCUCAACGGUAUUUUGGCAGACGAGAUGGGUCUCGGAAAGACCAUUCAGACCAUCAGUUUGAUCACCUACAUCAUCGAAAAGAAGAAGAACAACGGUCCAUUUUUGGUGAUCGUCCCACUCAGUACCCUCACAAACUGGAACUUGGAGUUUGAAAAAUGGGCACCGGCUGUGAGCAGGGUUGUCUACAAGGGUCCUCCUAAUGCGCGCAAGCAGCAACAACAGCAAAUUCGCUGGGGAAAUUUCCAGGUUCUGCUGACCACCUACGAGUAUAUCAUCAAAGAUCGCCCAAUUUUGAGCAAGGUCAAAUGGACCCACAUGAUAGUCGAUGAAGGUCACCGCAUGAAGAACUCCCAGUCUAAGCUGAGCAGCACACUUUCACAGUACUAUAACUGCCGCUACCGUUUGAUUUUGACCGGUACUCCUCUGCAGAACAACCUUCCCGAGUUGUGGGCGCUGCUGAACUUCGUCUUACCAAACAUCUUUAAGUCGGUCAAAUCGUUUGAUGAGUGGUUCAACACGCCUUUCGCCAACACUGGAGGCCAGGACCGUAUGGAGAUGUCCGAAGAAGAACAGCUACUUGUUAUUCGUCGUCUUCACAAGGUUCUUCGGCCCUUCCUGCUCAGGCGUCUCAAGAAGGAUGUCGAGAAGGACUUGCCAGACAAGCAAGAACGUGUCAUCAAGUGUCGCUUCUCUGCAUUGCAGUCCAAGUUGUACAAGCAGCUUGUUACCCACAACAAGAUGGUGGUCAGCGACGGUAAGGGAGGUAAGACCGGUAUGCGCGGUCUUAGCAACAUGUUGAUGCAGUUGAGGAAGCUCUGCAAUCAUCCCUUCGUUUUCGAACCUGUGGAGGAUCAAAUGAACCCUGGCCGGGGUACCAACGACCUCAUUUGGCGAACCGCAGGAAAGUUUGAGCUUCUUGACCGAAUUCUGCCCAAAUUCCGAGCUACUGGUCACCGUGUCCUGAUGUUCUUCCAAAUGACCCAAAUCAUGAACAUCAUGGAAGACUUUCUUCGCUUGCGCAGUUUGAAGUAUCUUCGUCUUGAUGGUUCCACUAAAUCUGACGACCGAUCUGAUUUGCUGAAACAGUUUAAUAACCCCGAGUCUGAAUAUUUCUGUUUCUUGCUUUCAACACGUGCUGGUGGUCUUGGUCUUAACCUUCAGUCUGCUGACACGGUCAUUAUUUUCGAUUCGGAUUGGAAUCCUCACCAGGAUUUGCAGGCUCAAGAUCGUGCCCAUCGUAUUGGCCAAAAGAACGAAGUCCGUAUCCUACGUCUGAUCAGUUCUAACUCCGUCGAGGAGAAGAUUCUCGAACGUGCCCAGUUCAAGCUCGACAUGGAUGGCAAGGUUAUUCAAGCAGGAAAGUUCGACAACAAGUCCACCAAUGAAGAACGAGAUGCGUUGCUGCGAACACUGCUUGAAACUGCCGAAGCCGCAGACCAAGUCGGUGAUCAGGACGAGAUGGAUGAUGACGACUUGAACGAUAUAAUGGCACGAUCCGAUGUCGAAUUGGCUACUUUCCAGGCCAUUGACAAACAGCGAGCAGAGACCUCUGGAUACGGUACUGGCCAAGCACUGCCCCGUCUGAUGUCUGAAAGUGAGCUUCCAGACAUUUAUAUGGCUGAGGAAAACCCUGUUGCGGAAGAAGUCGAAGUCGAUCUGGGUGGGCGCGGUGCCCGUGAACGCAAAACUACCCGGUAUGACGACGGUCUUACUGAAGAGCAGUGGCUUAUGGCAGUUGAUGCCGAUGAUGACACCAUUGAAGAGGCCAUCGCCAGAAAAGAGGCUAGGGUGGAACGUCGUCGUGUCAAUAAGGAGAAGCGGGGUGGCAGGAAGGGUGAUGAUUCCUCGCCAGAACCAUCGCGGGAGAACUCUGAGACUCCUCAGCCGAAGAAGCGUCGUAGAGGCCCUGCUCCCAAGCGAAAGGCUGAGGAACUUGUGGAAGAAACACCGCAGCCCAAGCGCAAGAGAGGUAGACAGGCCAAGCCCGUGGAGACGUUGAGUAGCACAGAUCGGGCCGCUCUUCAAAGCAUUGUCAAUACUACCUACCAGGCUUUGAUGGAUAUGGAACAGGAAUUGCCAGCCGACUCCUCUGAUAGUGAAGAUGGACCCGUGACUCGCGCCAUUAUUGAUCCAUUCAUGAAGCCGCCUCCCAAGUCGCAAUAUCCAGACUAUUACAUGAUCAUCCAACACCCGAUUGCCAUGGAGAUGAUCAGAAAGAAGAUCAACCGUGAUGAGUACCAGAAUCUGAGGGAUUUCCGGAAUGACAUCCAUUUGCUCUGUCAGAAUGCCAGAACCUACAACGAAGAUGGCAGUAUCUUGUUCCAGGAUGCGAAUGACAUUGAGGCAAAAUGUGUUUCUGAGUUGAGGAGACUCACCGAGGAAUAUCCGCAAUUCGCCAACUUCGACGACGCAUCAGGCGAUGGUCUGGCUGCCGCUGCUCUCUCUGGCGCUGGGACGCCUAACGCCGCUGGGACACCUGGACAGCCCAAGUUGAAGCUUACUUUCAACAAUGGUAACCGGGAUAGCGCUGGAGCCAACGGAGUCGGCGAAGACGAAUGA